AUUAAAAAUGCAAAGGCAUGACACUUUAAGAAAUUAGAUUGUGGACUGUAAAUGUAAGUUUGUUUAUUUAAUAAAGGAACUAAUGCAUACAGAUGUUCAGCCCAUGUUGACUUGUGAAGAAUGUGGAAAAACGCUCAAAGGUCAAAAAGGUCUCAAACAUCAUAUCAGGUUACGACACAGGGGAGAGAAUCUACAUAACUUGAUGAUGUGUCAUAUAUGUUCACAGACAUACAGAACAUCUAGUGAUCUCACCUUUCAUCUAUAUAAAGUACAUGAUCAGCCAUUACCUGAAGGCUUCACCGUGUACCGCUGUCCAAGAUGUGAUUAUUGUCACAACAACAAAAGAUUCUUUGACAAGCACAUGUUCCUUCAUGAAGAUAAAAGGGAAUGGCACUGUGACAGAUGUUCUAAAGCUUUCAAGACCAAAAAUAGUCUCAGUACUCAUAUGAUUGUUCAUACAUCUGAUCGUAUUCCAUGUCCAUUUGAUGAUUGCACAUAUAAAGCACUGAAGAACUGUCACCUGAAAAAUCAUGUAGAAAAUCAACAUACCCAAAAGGGAGAGAAACAUGAGAAGUGUCAUCUGUGUGAGUACAGUACAUUCUUUAGAGGUAAUCUUAUAAAGCACCAGAGAAGUGUUCAUAAACUUGAGGUUGUUACUAGACAUAGUGUUGAAAUGAAAGCUCGAUAUAAAAAUCUCAAGAGCGGCCAGAUUCUUGGUGUAAAAGAUGAUGCAAUCAGUGACAAGAAAUCUAAGAAUAUAGACCAUUCUACUUCAAGUGUAGCUCAAGAAUCAGGGUAUCCCACGUCAUCAUCAUCUUCUUCUUCAUCUGAUAAAAGUAUGGUGGAGGAUCAGUGCCACUUCCAGGACAAAACUGUUCCAUUACCUGCCUCGCAGAAUGUGUCAGAAUCAUUUGUUUAUACACUCAAUACUCCUAUGAUAACCCACCAUUCUAACUAUCCAGCAAAUGCCAACAUGUACCAUUUACCACCCAUUGAUUUCUCAGUAUACAACCAAAACUCUUCCAUGGAUCAGAUGUGAUACCUAGAAUAUAGAGACACAUCAAGACUUGACCUUAAAGGGGAUAUGAUACAAAAUAAACUACACAUUUUAGCUUGACUUUAUAAAAAAUAGUUGGGCUAUCCUUCUUAUCUUAUGUAUACAUCAAUUUUAUAGUUACCUCCCUUGAGCAGAUUGAUAAAUUAGUUCUGUUUCUUAUAAAACUAUGAAAUAUGCAUAGAAACACCUUUAUUCAAAUUAUUAUGGGUAUUAGCUAAUGAACUUUAUACACAUGAUAUAAAUUCUGAAUACUUCUUUUAAACAACCAUGGUUAGCUUUGAGUUGUUUUUUAUAUACAUUAUUAUCUAACAGGUCUUUAGUGUUUUGGGUUCUUUAGUACAUGAAAUAAUUAUUUAUAAUAUAGAUUUUGCGGGCUUUAGAUUACAUGUAUUAUUUAUAAAUCUCAGGAUGUAUAUUUAUUUUUUAGGUGUAAACUUUUUUUUUAAAUAUAGCCACCAGAGUGCUCUUUAAAUCAGAUUCGAUAACUCAUUAUCGCAGUUUGACAAAGUUAUGCCCUAUUUAAGCUUUUCUGUUUUGAAGGAAUAGUCACACUAAAAUGAUUGCUGCAGCCUUGUCAUCAUUCUUGUCAUCUUGUUGUUGCGUGAAAACUUUAAUGUAGCCAUUUUUAAAAAAUUUCAAGAUGAACCUUGGAAUACUUGCUUAUCAUGUCAAGGUGAAGUUGUUAGACAAGGGACAUGAUUCUGAAAGCAAUCUUUCUAGAGAAAUAUCAAUUUUUAACUUAAAAUUCUUAACAGACAAGUGUUAAUACUACAUGCAGUGCUAUUCUUUAAAUUUUUGUGUCAUCAUGAUUUUAUUUUACCAGUACUUUUACCUGUACACUUUCUCUUUCUGUCAGAGGCAAUUUCUUUUUCAUGCAUUUAAUGCCAUACAAUUUAUUCCUCCUUCCCAUCUAUCCAAAUCUCUUCAAAGGACAUUGGGUACGAGUCCCAACAAGUGAUAGUUUUAGUCAACUGUAAUUGUUAUUACAAAAAAAACUGUAAUUGUUAUUACAAUUACCAGUCUGCAUUUUCAGCUUUAUCAUUAACGAAAAUAUUUGUCAAUUUCUUCAUUGAAAUUAAAUGCACUAUUUGUUGUCUUUAAAAAGUCAGUUUUGUAUUGUUACUUGAUUAGAUUGUUGAAAUGGAAUUGGUAUAUAAUAUAAACGCUAUAAUACUAUAAAUAAUUAUGUUGAUAGUAAUUGGUAUCGAACAUAACAACAAACCAUAAAAGAAUAAUUAUAUAUGAAUGUUGUUGGUUUGUGUGAGAUACAUGAUCUUAUAUUACAUAUAUAUUUGUAGCAGAUAAUAAAAUGUCCUAGAACAAAAUAUUAAUCAUCAUGUAAAGGUCCAUUCGUAAUCCCUUACAACUUAAUCAGCAUCUUUUUAUUCAACUUUUUCCAAAUGAUACAAUUCUGGUGUUCUUAUCAACAUUUGAAAUAUUUAUGUAAAAUAUGCCCAUUGUAGACUAGUCAACUUUGAAAUCAAAUUACACUUUUGUUUGCUGCAUUCAUCAUUGUAUGAAAUCAAGGAAAACUAGCUCAGCAUUUUAAUCUUCUAUUCUCAUUUUUAAAUGCUAAGUAGUCAAGCUGUAGUACUUGUGUGUGAAGUAGGAAAGAAAAUGAUGCAAGAGUUGUUUCCCUUAUGCCAUAUUUUUUUUAUCUUUCUAGUAUUUUAUAUAAACACAAAUGCUAAAGAUUGUAAUAAAUGUCAUAUUUGUUCUAUCAUUGUAGAGAAAAUUUAAGGAAAUUUGCAUACAUAUGCUAUAAAUGAUGAUUGUAUACAAUCAACAAGGGUGAGACAGCACAUCCAUGAUAUUUUCUGUUUAUUAUAUACAUGUAUGUAUAUCUUCUGUAAAUGCAUUAAGAAAGUCUUAAAUAACCAGAAGAAAUUAUAUCUUUUUAUUCAAUAAGUGACAUACAAAGUGAAACUAUAAUAAUGUGUUUUAUACUAUUAGAUUGUAGGCAAUGUUAUGGGAGGGAAAGUAACAUGUAGUUAAUAGACAAGAUAAAAGUGGUUAAUUUCCUGGAAAAUGUAUCACUCAGAACCUGAUAUUAAGCUAAAUUGAGCACAAUUUGUUUCCGUACUUUUUUACUCAUAUUUCUUGUGGUUACUUCACAUGUCUAAAUAUAGAACGCCAACAGUGAUUUUGUUGCAUAAAAACACACACUUUUGGUCCUUCUAUGUUCAAUAGUGAUAGAAUGCGGGUUGUGUUAAAAUAAAGCACAAAAUUAUAUGUUGUGAAUGCAUGUUCUAUGAUUAAUAUUCUCUUUCUUUUCUCACACUUAUAGGCUUAAAAAACAUGAUUUCAAGUUUUGAAACCCAGAAAACAGUAAUUUUUGCAUGACUUAAAGCAAUUUGUACUUAAAACAUGAUUUGAUAUUUACAAUUUGCACUUAAAACAUGAAUUGAUAUUUAUAAUAGAUAAAAUGUGAUUUGAUAUUCACAAUAGAUAUAACAAAAGAUGCGGAAGUAACUAAUUUAAUGAUCCAAAAGCGCAUACAAAAAGAUGUGCACGUUGUAUUUAUGUAUCUGUGUAUGAUAAGUGGUUUACAUAUCUGAUAGAGUAUUUGAUGUAAUCAUAAAUAUUGUAGUUGGAUAUAUUGUAAUUGGUAUAUUCUUUGAAUCAACGUUAUCUUAUAGGAUUUUUCAUGUCUACUGAUAAGUUAGCCACAAACUUUAGGCCUUCAUUUUUAAAAAAUGAUUUAAGUGUUUUUUAUGCAAAAGGUAUUUUAUGCUGGAAAGCUACCUUUAUGUUGUAGUACUUAAUCUUUUGAAAACAACUUCACCGAUUUAUAAGAAAUAACUCCUUCUAAAAAGGUGUAUUAUGUGUUAAGUUUGUGUCAAUAAAAAAUUAAUUGUUUGAAUUACAAGUUUUUUGUUCCAAGUAAAAUAACUCGUGUAUACAAAAUGUGUGUACAAGGUUAGGUUAAAAUGACAUAAGUUUUACUAUUCAUUAUUCUUUCAAUGGAGAAUAUUUCAUUCCCCUACCAACUGUAAGGUGGGACAUAUAUGUUCUUCUCUAACAUUAGCCAAAAAUAUUCAAUAUGAACAAUGCACUUCACUUUAUCCCCCUUAGGUAAUUCAUUUUAAACUCUGUAAGAUAACUUUCAUUAAAACAUAUUUAUUUCCUAAUUGAAGCAUAUCUUUGGGCAAUCUUCCAUGGUAGACAUUGAUGU